CGGAUGUCGGCUGGAAGCUGUUGGAGUUUAAAGCCAGAUCUAAACGAUCAGGUUUGGCUAUUUAAGAUGCAUGGCAUUGGGCACGAUUAAACAGUGUGUUUUUGUACUUCGUGUGCAUUUUGAGUCGUUGUCCGAGGCGCAUGAACACGAGUUGUCUUGUUGCAUGUGAGAGCAGGGAGCAGAACCCAAAGUUUAACUAAUAGAGGACUGGCGUAGAGUUCAUCUAUUGAACAAUGGCCAUCACUGCAAACGAGGCUCUGAAUGCCUGUCGCAAUCUCCGGACGUGUGGCUCCAUCUAUGAACCGCUUAAGCUGUCCACACUGCAUCGGGAGGAUGAGCCCCUUUGGGAAAAACUUGACCGCUUCUAUAGCGCAGUGAAGUGCACCAUUCUGAAUUACCAGAGCCCUACCACUGGUCUAUUUCCAGUAAAGACAUGUGCCGGCUGUAAGGAAGCUAAAGUCAGAGAUUCGCUCUACUGUGCUGCCAGUAUCUGGGCCCUGGCUUUGGCAUACAGGCGCAUCGAUGAUGACAUGGGCCGCACCCAUGAACUGGAGCACUCUGCCAUCAAGUGCAUGCGAGGGAUUAUGUACUGCUACAUGCGUCAGUCUGAUAAGGUGGAGAAGUUCAAGGAGGAUCCCAGCCCAUCCACCUGCCUGCACUCAAUAUUUAAUGUGCAUACUGGAGAUGAGGUUUACUCCUAUAAAGAAUACAGUCAUCUGCAGAUUGAUGCCUUGUCUCUGUUUUUACUCUACCUGGUUGAAAUGAUUUGUUCUGGCCUUCAAAUCAUCUACAAUACAGAUGAGGUGUCAUUCAUCCAGAACCUGGUGUUCUGUGUGGAGAGGGCAUAUCGUGUACCAGACUUUGGCAUGUGGGAACGGGGAAGCAAAUAUAACAAUGGAAGCACAGAACUGCAUUCUAGCUCAGUGGGGUUGGCCAAAGCAGCUCUGGAAGCCAUCAAUGGGUUCAACUUAUUUGGAAAUCAGGGAUGCUCCUGGUCAGUCAUUUUUGUGGAUCUGGAUGCUCAUAACAGAAACAGACAGACUCUAUGCUCUCUGUUGCCCAGAGAGUCUCGUUCCCAUAACACAGAUUCUGCCCUCCUGCCCUGUAUCAGCUACCCAGCUUUCGCCGUGGAUGAUGAUGCUCUGUAUUCCCAGACUCUGGACAAGAUUGUCCGCAAGCUCAAGGGCAAGUACGGCUUCAAGCGCUUCUUACGUGACGGCUACAGAACGGCCAAUGAGGACAAAAACCGCAGGCACUACAAACCUGCAGAGAUGAAGCUCUUUGACGGGAUUGAGUGCGAGUUUCCAAUUUUUUUCAUCUAUAUGAUGAUUGACGGUGUGUUUCGAGGAAAUCGCGCUCAAGUCAAAGAAUACCAGGAAUUGCUAGAACCUGUCAUUUUCCAGUCUUUUGAGGGCCAUGCCGUCAUCCCGAAGUACUAUUACGUUCCGGCUGACUUUGUGGAGGCUGAACAGAAAAAGCAUGGCAGCCAAAAGCGCUUUCCCAGCAACUCGGGCCGGGAUGGCAUGUUUUUCCUUUGUGGACAGGCUCUCUUUAACAUCGCUAAGCUGCUGGUGGAUGAUUUGAUCAGCCCUAAGGACAUCGAUCCCAUCCAUCGCUAUGUGCCACGGCAGGAUCAGAGGAACGUCAGUAUGCGAUACUCCAAUCUGGGUCCCAUUGAGAACGACGUGGUCAUUCAUGUGGCACUGGUAGCGGAGAGUCAAAGACUGCAGGUCUUCCUCAACACGUAUGGCAUCCAAACUCAGACCCCGCAGCAGGUGGAGCCCAUUCAGAUCUGGCCCCAGAAAGAACUUGUGAAGGCAUACCGCUUCCUCGCCGUCAAUAAGAAACUUGGUUUGACUGGGAGACCAGAUAGACCCGUUGGCUGCAUUGGCACUUGCAAGAUUUAUCGGAUUCUUGGUAAGACUGUGGUCUGCUAUCCAAUCGUAUUCGAUCUCAGUGACUUCUACUUGUCCCAGGAUGUCAUGCUUUUGAUCGAUGAUAUCAAGAAUGCCUUGCAGUUUAUUAAGCAGUGCUGGAAGAUGCCAGGUCGGCCACUUUUCCUGGUUCUUAUCAGAGAGGACAACAUCAAGGGGAGCCGAUUCAACCCCAUUCUGGACAUGCUUGCAUCAUUCAAGAAGGGAAACAUUGGUGGAGUUAAAGUUCAUGUGGACCGACUUCAGACCCUGAUCUCAGGCGCUGUGGUGGAGCAACUGGACUUCCUACGUGUCAAUGAAGCCGAAAUCCCAGAGUUUAAGAGCUUUGAGGAACUGGAGUUGCCCAAGCACUCAAAGGUGAAGCGUCAAACCAGCACACCAAAUGCCACAGACCUGGAACAGCAGCCCGAGGUCAAUGCUGAGGAAUGGCUCCAUAAAUCCACAUUUGAGAUUCUUCAGAAAUUCAAUGACUGUGAUUGCUUGGCCAGUCAAGCCCAGCUGGCCAGUGUCCUGAUUAGGAAAGAAGGCGUUGACUUCUUUGAUAGAAACGAGAAUCUCAAGGAUGAGUUGGAGAGAAUUUAUAGAAGAGCUGGAAGCCGAAAGCUUUGGUCCGUUGUGCGCGUUGCUGCCAGUCUCUUAACUAAACUAGUGGACAGCCUUGCCCCGAGCAUUACUAGCAUUUUAGUGCAUGGCAAGCAGGUGACUCUUGGACUGUUCGGGCAUGAGGAGAUUGUAAUAUCUAACCCCCUGUCUCCAGGGGUCAUUAAAGACAUCAUCUACAGUAAGUGCAGCCCACACGGUGAGCGAGAGGCCGUGCUGCAGCAGGAGCUGGUCAUCCACAUUGGCUGGAUUAUCUCCAACAACCCAGAGCUCUUUAGUGGGAUGCUUAAGAUCCGUGUGGGGUGGAUUGUUCAAGCCAUGAAGCACGAGUUGAAGAUUCGAGCCGGGGACAUGCCAUCCCAGGACAUCUACCAGAUGUCCCCUAGUGAUGUCAAACAGCUACUGUUGGAUGUCCUCCAGCCCCAGCAGACUGGCAGAUCCUGGCUUAAUAGAAGGCAAGUUGAUGGCUCACUAAACCGAACCCCGCUUGGCUUUUAUGACCGUGUUUGGCAAAUCCUGGAGAGAACACCUAAUGGCAUUACAGUUGUUGGAAAUCACCUCCCUCAGCAACCAACACUAUCAGAUAUGACCAUGUAUGAAAUGAACUUUUCACUGUUGGUGGAGGACACACUGAAGAACAUUGUUUUGCCUGAGUAUAGGCAGAUUAUUGUUGAGCUUUUGAUGGUGGUGUCAAUUUUGCUGGAAAGAAACCCAGAACUGGAGUUUCAGGAGUCAGUGGAUUUGGACCAGCUUGUUAAAGAUGCCUUUGCAGACUUUCAGAAAGACCGCAGCAAACUCGAGGGCUCUGAGAAGAAGAAGGAUAGCAUGGAGGCCUUCUACAACACACCAGCCCUGGGAAAACAAGGCACGUCCAGCUACCUGACCAAGGCGGUAAUGAUCCAGCUUCUGCAGGGAGAGGUUAGGCCAAGUAAAGAUGACCCUUGCUCUGUCAGCUAAACCAGCACACACGCAAUGUUACAUUAACUCUGUCAGAUAGUCUAACCUAGGGUUGGUUUUGCCCACAAUAAAAACUGUUUAUAAAUGUGUUUAUUCAAACAGCUUGACUUUGGGGGGUUCCCAAACUAGAAAUAUUAGAAAUGUUAGAAAUAUCUCCAAGGCUUCAAUCCAUUGGCUUUGUUUUUUGCAAUUAAUCUCUUAUUGUCUACCACAAUUGACUACUAAUAAUUCACUUAAGGUCAGUAUGUUGCAUAAGGUUAAAAUACCACUGAACUAAUGUAAUAAGUCUGCAUGUCAUUAUUUCUGCACAUGGGUUUUUUUGAAUGACAUGACAUAGAUGUUGUCUGAUAUGAACUGAUAAUAUAAGCGAUUUUGCAGCUGUUAAUAUAUUAGAUUUGCCAGGAGGCCUGUGUAGUCUUGAAAAUCAUUGAUGUUGUGUAGUACAAAUAUGUUUCUUAACUUUAUGUAGUUUGUAUUUAAUUCUGAUCCCAUUAUGAGUUUACUUUAGAGGCUAUGGCUUCUAGUUAUUGUAUCAUGUGUCAGUUUUCUUUGUUUUGUGAAUGCUAAUAUGAAAACUGUUUUUUUUUCAGUGCAUUACUAUUUAAGAAAAGCUAUAUUAAAAGGAAUAGUAGAAAGUGCCAUUUCUUUUCUCUUCGCUCAAAGGUUUGUCAGUAAUAUAAAACAUGCUCAUGUUGCAUUAGACCUAGUUAUUGGAGAAAAUCUCAAGGGAAACUUUCAGUUGAAGUCUUGUUUGUUGGAGUGAGUGGGUGUGCACACCGACUUGCUGGUUUAUUAUGCUGUCUACAGAUAUCAGCCUGAACUUAUGAAAGUGUGAUCUGAAAUCUCAACAGUUCUCCUGAGGAAUGACUCGAGGAGAUAUGUCCGAAACUCAAAAUAUAUUAAAAUGGAGAGCAUAUUAAGAGCCCGAAGAAUGCGUGUCUGUCCCUGAGGCAUCGCAGAAGCUUUGAAUGAAUAGCAACAUUUAUUUGCAAUAGAGUUUAUGGCUGAAGUUUUGUCGAUUAUUAAACUUGAAUCAUAAGCUAUUAAGGCAGAAUUCCUCAUGUAAACUGUGGCCAGUCACAUGGCCAUUAUGUUCAAAUAGGUCCAUGUGAUAAAUGUCUCAUCUGUUAAAAGAGCUGACUGAGGUUUCUUCUUAUGACAGUUUGUGGAAUAAAACGCAAUUCCUGUGG